CAUAUUUAUACGUCAUUACUUUAAUUAAAACAAUAAAUAAACUUCUUAUUUAGUAAAAUGAAUGGUUGAAUCCAAUCAGUAUCAAUGGAAGAGAAUAACUCGUUAAUAUAUGGUUUAGAGUUUCAGGCUAGAGCCCUGGCGACUCCUCAAGCAGAAAGUGACGUUGUUAGAUUUUUAAUUGGGACACAAGUAUUGAAACAAUCAAAUAACCAAAUACACCUGGUUGAAGUUUCUGAUGAAACUGAACAGUUGUCAACUAGGGUUUUCCAACACUCAAUUGGUGAAAUAUGGAGGAUGACAUGUAGCCCACAUAACUCAAAUUUAUUAUCAACUUGCUAUAGCACAUUCAAAGGAGCUAAUCCACAAUGGCUAGUACAAAGUUCUUUAAUAUCUUUACCUGCUUUAAGAGAUGACUUCCAGAUGAAAAAUGAGACUCUUGAGGUCAUGACGACCAUGGACACACAGAAAUAUGGGAAUGAAGUGAAAACAACAGAAUUUAAUCCUAGUGAUGCAACUAAAAUAGCUUGUGUUCUUGAUAAUUCAGUAGUUAUAUUCGAUGUAGGAGAAUCCUCAUCUGUUGAAAGUACAAAAGUUACAUUAAGCAAUGGUAGAGCACAAAUACAAAUUCCUGGAAAAAGUUCUAAAUUAACAUCUGGUAAAUGGAGUCUAGAUCAUCAAGGCAACCAAUUUAUUGCAUUCCAUGAAAGCACUAUCAAAGCAUGGGAUAUUAGAGAUUCAAAUCAAAAUACCUGGACAAUAGAAGGAGCCCACAAGCAAAUGAUUAGAGAUAUAGACUGCAAUCCAAAUAAGCAAUUCCACCUUGCAACCUGUGGUGAUGAUGGUGCUCUCAAAAUAUGGGAUUCUAGAAAUAAUCGCUCACCAGUUUUUGCAAGAAAUGAUCAUUCUCACUGGGUGUGGAGUGUGAGGUAUAAUACAUUCCACGAUCAAUUAUUAUUGACAACAAGCAGUGAUAGCAGAAUAUUACUAACAUGUGCAUUAAGUGUUAGUUCAGAAAUUGAUGGCGGAAGUCUUACAGAAACAGAGGAAAAGAGAGAAAGAUUAAAAGAAGGUAUUUUACAAACAUAUGAAGUACAUGAAGACUCCGUUUAUUGUGGAGAGUGGUCUCCAGUAGAUCCUUGGACUUUUGCUUCUUUAAGCUAUGAUGGAAGAUUAGUUAUUUCUAAAAUACCAAGAAAAUAUAAGCAAUAUUUAUUACUAUGAUUUUAAAUAUUGGUUUAAUAAAAAUGUAUUUGUUAAUGUAAUAUUUAUAUAUUUAAAAUAAAUCAUGAG